CCAGAGUCCAAAGAUCAACUGUACCUAGAACAUAGAUACAGACAUCAGGAAGUUGCUCUCUAAGCAGAACGGGAAAUAUCUCAAUGAUUUAACAUGUUCUGGUGGUGAAUUCAGGCUAAGAGCUCUCUGCCAGAGGAUCAGUCCAGGUGUCCAGUGUGUCACCAGGUGCAGAGGGAUCCUGUCUCUAUCACCCGUGGACACACGUUCUGCAGACAGUGCAUCACCAGAUACUGGGAGAGACCUGCUCCUUCAGGAAACUAUGACUGUCCUCAGAGUAGAAAGAAAUCCAGAACACUUCCUGUACUACGGCACCUGAGUGAACCCAAUGAUGCAAGAGGCUCUAAAAAUAUGGACGACAGCCUACAGAGAGCUAUAGUAAACCACAAAGACAGUCUGAAAAGGAGGUAUGAAUGUGUGAUAGGCAUUGAAAAAGCAGGGAUUCAAAGUCCCCUCAACAGGAUUUACACAGAGCUUUACAUUACAGAGGGAAAGCGUGAAGGGUUUAACAAUGAACAUGAGGUGUGGCAGCUAGAGACAGCAUCCAGGACACCAACCUCACGUGACACAGCAAUCCACUGCAAUGACAUCUUUAAACCCUUACCUGGCCAAGAGAGAAGCAUCAGAACCGUGCUGACGAAGGGCAUCGCUGGCAUCGGAAAAACUGUCUCUGUGCAGAAGUUCAUCCUAGACUGGGCUGAAGGGAAGGCAAACCAAGAUGUGGAUAUCAUGUUUGUUCUUUCUUUCUGGGAGCUGAACUUGAUUAAAGAUCAGCAGUACACUCUUCUUGGACUUCUAAAUUAUUUCCACACAGAACUAGUCAUAGGCAAUGCAAAGAAACUCACUGCCUGUAAAGUUAUGUUAAUCUUGGAUGGUUUGGAUCAAAGCAGAUUUCCAUUGGAUUUCCAGCACAACAAAAAUGUGUCUGAUGUCACACAGACAUCGUCUGUUGAUGUUCUGUUGACAAACCUCAUCAAGGGGAAUCUGCUUCCCUCUGCUCUCCUUUGGAUAAUCUCCCGACCAGCAGCAACCAAUCAGAUCCCCCCUGAGUAUGUUGACCAGGUGACAGAGGUACGAGGGUUCAAUGACCCACGGAAGGACGAGUACUUCAGGAAGAGAUUCAGUGAUGAGGACCUGGCCAGCAGAAUCAUCUCACACAUAAAGACGUCAAGGAGCCUCCACAUCAUGUGCCACAUGCCAGUGUUCUGUUGGAUUUCUGCAAUAGUCCUUGAACACAUGUUGAGUACAGACAAGAGGAAAGAGAUGCCCACGACUCUGACUGAGAUGUCCAUACACUUCCUGCUCAUUCAGACCAGACUGAAGAACCAGAAGUAUCAUGGAAUAGAUGAGAUGGAUCAAGAGGAGCUUGUGGAGUCAGAUAAGGAGAUUAUUCUGAAGCUGGGGAAGCUGGCGUUUGAACAUCUGGAGAAGGGUAAUCUCAUGUUCUAUGAAGAAGACCUGAAAGAGUGUGGCAUUGAUGUCAAAGAAGCCUCAGUGUACUCAGGAUUGUGCACACAAAUCUUUAAAGAGGAGUCUGUGUUAUUUCAGAGAAUGGUGUACUGCUUUGUUCAUCUGAGCAUUCAGGAGUUUCUCUCAGCUGUCUACAUAUACCAUUGUUACACAAACAAGAAAAUGGAUGCACUGAAGCCCUUCCUCAAGAGAAAGUCUAGAGCUGCGUCUGAAGAGCUAACCUUGCAUGAGCUGCUGAAGAGUACCGUGGAUCAAGCCUUGGAGAGUAAGAAUGGACACCUGGACCUUUUUGUCCGCUUCCUUCAUGGCAUGUCACUGGAGUCCAAUCAGAAACUCCUGCGAGGUCUGGUGACACAGACAGAAAGCAGUCCAGAGAGCGUCGAGAAAACGAUCCAAUCCCUUAAGGUGAUGCAGAGGAACAUGUCCCCUGAGAGGUGGAUCAAUCUCUUCCACUGUCUGAUAGAGAUGAAAGACCAGUCAGUACAGGAGGAAAUCCAAGCAUACUGGAGAUCAGAGAACACAUCCAAAAUCCUCACACUUGCUCACUGUUCAGCGCUGGCCUACAUGCUGCAGAUAUCAGAGGUGGUUCUGGAUGUGUUUGACCUGAAGGUAUACAAGACGUCAGAGGAGGGUCGUAGGAGACUGCUCCCAGCCUUGAGGCGCUGCAGGAAAGCUCUACUCACUGACUGUCACUUCUCAGACACGUUAUGUGAAGUGUUGGCUUCAGUUCUCAGCUCAAACUCCUCGCAUCUGGUAGAGCUGGAUCUGAAUGAAUGUUAUGGCCUGACGGAUUCAGGAGUGAAACUGCUCUCUGCUGGACUGGGAAAUCCACAAUGUAAACUGGAGACUCUGAGAGUCACUGACUGUAACCUCACAGACACGUCCUGUGAAGUGUUGGUCUCUGCUCUCAGUUCAAACACCUCACAUCUGAGAGAGAUGGAUCUGAGUAACAAUGACCUGAAGGAUUCAGGAGUGAAGCUGCUCUCUGCUGGACUGGGGAAUCCCCACUGUAAACUGGGGACUCUGAGACUCGCUGGCUGUAAACUCACAGAAGCAUCUUGUGAAGUGUUGGCCUCAGUUCUCAGCCGAAACUCCUCACAUCUGAGAGAGCUGGAUCUGAGUAACAAUGACCUGAAGGAUUCAGGAGUGAAGCUGCUCUCUGCUGGACUGGGGAAUCCCCACUGUAAACUGGAGACUCUGAGCUUGUCGCUCUGUGGAGUUGAAGAGGAAGGCUGUGCAUCUCUGGUCUCAGCUCUGAGGUCAAACCCCUCACACCUGAAAGAGCUGGACCUGAAUAACAAUCGCUCAGGAGACUCAGGAGUCAGACUGCUCUCUGCUGGACUUGAGGAUCCACACUGCAGACUGGAGAAACUCAAUGUGGAACCUGGUGGAGUGCACACAAUCAAACCUUGGCCUAGAAAAUAUGCCUGUGAUCUCACACUGGACCCAAACACAGUAAACAUAAAGCUCUCUCUGUCCGAGGACAACAGAAAGGUGACACGUAGCGAAGAGGCUCAGCCGUAUCCUGAUCACCCAGAGAGAUUUGUGGACUGUGAACAGGUGCUGUGUAGAGAGGGUCUGACUGGGCUCUGUUACUGGGAGGCAGAGAGGAGUGGGAUAGGGGCUGAUGUAGGAGUGACAUAUAAAGGAAUCAGCAGGAGAGAAGGGGGGGAUGAGGACUGUGUGAUUGGACAGAAUGACAAGUCCUGGAGUCUGAGCUGCUUUAACAACCGUUACACUGCCUGGCACAAUGAUAAUUACACUGACAUAGACGUCCCCUCCUCCAGCUCCCACAGACUAGGGGUGUAUCUGGACUGGCCAGCCGGCACUCUGUCCUUCUACAGAGUCUCCUCUGACACACUGACACACCUGUACACAUUCCACACCACAUUCACUGAGCCCCUCUAUCCAGGGUUUCAGCUUUGGGAUGACUCCUCUUCAAUGUCCCUGUGUCAGGUGGUCCCUGUGCCAAACACUUGAUGUUUGACUCUAAUCAUGGUUAUGUUCAGUAAGACACACUGGACCAAAUAUUGAUAUUAACUCUCUAGUCAUGAGUUAACAGAUGAUUAUUAUAUCUAAAUAUUCAUGAUUAUACCCCACUGAAAUUGAUAGACAUUGUAAAAUAACAAUGAAUAGAAUGUAUCACCACUGUUGUUAAAACGUCUCAUUUAGACAUCAUUGAUCGUGCUGUUAUUGCUUUUUCAUGUUUGUAAAUAUUCCUGUCUGUAAAAUUGCUGACAAAACGAUCUUGCUUCUGUAUAAACACAAUUCCACUGAAUGAAAUGUACAGGUCACAGAUUUGACUAAUAAAGGUUAAUC